ACAAGCUUGAUUUGUCGCGCCAAGCGGGAGCUGUAGCUGACCUCCGCCCACUUGUCCCGCUCCGCCAAACCGUGGGACGCGACCAGCCACUUGCACCAACCGAACCUCGACCUCCGCUCUCACAACGCGCCUGAAGUCGCGCAACCUCCAGACCACCACCUUUUGAAUCGCCGCACUCUGCAACACCGCCAACAUGCCUGACGUCAAGCGCUGGGUCAAGAUCAUCACCCACCAAAAGCCCAUCGAUGGCCCAUCUCCAGUCGAAGGGUUCCCUAUGCGAUCAUGGAGCAUCGAGAUCUGGCUGCUGGACGACCAAGGCAACGAGGUCAUGCCCACCGUCUACGAGAAGGCCGUCUACAAUCUGCACCCAUCGUUCGACAAGAACAAGCAGACAUUCAAGAAGCCGCCAUUCCGCAUCGAUGAGCAGGGAUGGGGAGAGUUCGACAUGAGCAUCGUCCUCACAGCAGCACACAAGGGCGGCGAACACACACUCAGCCAUGACCUCAACUUCCAGUCUGAGCGGUAUGAGGCCAAGCACCAAGUCACCUUCCGCAACCCCAAGCCCGAGCUUCUCGCUCUCCUGCAAGACUCCGGCUCUGCCGACGCAAACGGCGUCCGCGGCAAAGACGCCUCCAAGAAGAAGGCUCGGCGCGACAAGGCCAUCGACAUGGAAAAGCUGGCCGACGGGCUGCAGAAGCUGAGCGAGGACGACCUGCUGCACGUUGUCACCAUGGUGCACGACAACAAGACAAGUGAGACGUACACCAAGAACGACGUCGAGAACGGAGAGUUCCACGUCGAUCUGUACACCCUGCCCGACUCGCUUGUCAAGAUGCUGUGGGACUUCACAGCCAGCAAGACAGAGUUAUAAGCACACAAAACCGUGCUUACAGGCAGGCUAACAGAAACGCAGUCUUCCCGAGCGUUUGACUGUUACUGUAGACGUCUACGGAACAAUCACCAAAACCAUCCACCAUCUCAACCAUCUCAACCAUUCUGAGCGCGACAUGAAUCCUGAUCACACAGAGCGCUCUGUGUCGAAGCCUAGUCGCGUCAUGAGAGGAGGUGGGAUCGCAUGGUGCACGACGUAAUACCGACUUCUGAUUUUCUAUACAUGCAACCAGGCCACAGCACAUCACGGUGGUGCUGGCCGUUUUUGAAUUCGAAUGAUCUAUUUACGAGCCAUGGAGUUUGGGCAAAAGUAGGGUAGAUACCUCUUCUGGGUAGGGUAUCGCUUAGGAUC